UUUGAUUUGUUUACAAUAUAAAAUAACAAAUGUAACUAAAAACUUAUUAAUAAAAGUAACAGAAUCUAAAGGAUAUUAAUUUGGAAUUACAAAAUGAGCCACUUUGAAGAGCUGGAUGCUUUGGAUCCGCGUGGACCAUCUGUGCCACCACCAAGAAUUGAAACUCCAACACCACACAAAGUGGCCGUCGUUAUGUUGGUGCAGAAUUAUAUCAAAUCCAAGCGUACUGCCAACGAUUCGGGUUAUCAAUUCCUUCCACAAUCGAGACGCAAUUUUUGUAUGCUACUCUUGAAGCUCAUACAAUAUCCUGACAUGACAUACAACGACCUACACAAUUUACUCACCUCGCCACGUUACAAAAUCGAUGUCGUGCAUCUGGACUGCUUCGAGAAGAGCAUGGCUGAAUUAUUCUCGAACGGCAUAGAAGUGCUCUUUGAUUUUGCUGAGCUGCAGAAUAUAGAGAAAAUGCUUGCAGAGGAAGUUGGCGUCUGUCAAUUCAGCAUAGUUGGCUUGUACAUACGCAGAGUAGGUGUUGUUAUGGAGCGUAUGUCAUUCCCAGAGAUGAUGGCACUCUACAAAAAUAUUUGCAUCUAUUAUGAAAAAGGAAUACGGAGUUUAGCUAUUGGUCCACGUAAAGCUGCUGGGCAAAUGAAUAUUGCGGAGAGUACAACUAAUUCUAAUAAUAAAACUACAAAUGCUGAAGCUACUAUCGAUGAGUGCGCCUUAGACACUGACACUGUACAUCAAGAUCGCAAUCCACAUAGCAAGUGGUCACCCAAACAGGCUGAUCUCUUUGUUACUCAACAGUGUAAUCUAUUGGAAAGUAAUGAGCUACGCGCUUUGCCACCCAUAGAACUGCAAACCAAACUGGGUGAAAUCGUGCAAGAUAAUCCAUUGAACUCCAAAGCAUACUUUUUGGGCUACAUGAAUCAGUUGAGAUUGCGUGAUUUCUUUGGUGCUAUGGAUGCACUACAUCGUUCCUUCGAUCGCAGUCCCUUACAAAUGACGAAUCAAUAUGAGCAGAAGGGUUUUCAGUAUUUCAGCAUUAAUCUCGCCGUCCUACACGCCAGCUUCGAUCAUAAACGCGAAGCUUUAAGUGCACUACGUGAAUGUAUUAUGCUGGCACAGGAGUGUGGUGAUAAACGUUGUUUGGAUCUUGCAAAUGCUUGGUAUUGCCUACUAAACAGCCAUCGAAUGUAUCCCUUCGAGAAGAGUUUACCUGACAUACAAGAUCCCGGCUUAAUGCAAUCUCUUUCCUUGGCCAUACAAUUCGUAGUUAAAUUUGGAGCACAGUGUGGUUACAUGCCUCUGGAUCUCUUCGAACUACUCUUGAAGAGUGAUGAACUUAAUAGUAAAAAUUACAUUUUGGAACAUGUUUCCGAUUCGUUAGCACUGCGUUCAGCACUUUGGUGUCUAUAUGGACGCUACGAAAUGUCUGCUAUGUAUGCGCAGUUGCUGCUCAACUUAAAGAAAACCUGGGUAUUUGGUGAUGUGAGCAAUUCGGAGAGUGUCUGUAAGGUUCUAUCAAGCCUGGCACUUUGGUUGAACAUACAAGGAGAACACCACUUAAGUGCUGUGGUGUUGCAUAAUGCGCGCAAACGUUUUCCACGCUAUCCGCACGCAGCUCAAUGGAUGAUUAGUGAAUGCCAUAUAAAAAUACAGCAAUGCAUCUAUCGUUGUCGUUGGCAGGAAGCAUUAAAAGCUUGCUGUCAACUUUAUUUGCUGGACAAAAAUGACGGCAAUCUGCAGCGCGCCACUGUAUUGGUGGCAAAACGUUAUUUUAAUGUGGCACGUCGCCUACUGCACAAACUGCUGGAAACGAGUAAUUUGGACAUUUUAACAAACAUACGUGUGCUGGUCCUGAAGGCCAUCUCAGUGGAUUGCAUGUCAUCACAAACUAUAGAACUGCUUAUGCGUGCCUCGGUGUUAGCUGCCUCGGCGUAUCUGGAGUAUGAACAUGCAAUGGUUGAUAUGGUGCUAGCGCAAGUGCUGCUCAGAAUGGGUUUGAUACAGAAAGCUUUCCAAGCAAUUAAGAAUUGCAUGGAAAUCAUCUGUAUUAAUGGCGGCAUCUAUGAUCGCGCCAAGACCGAUUUUAUAUUUGUUAAGUGCUUGGUGGCAGCAGCAGAUAGCAAGGGUAUGAAGAUUAUAGGUCUUCUGAAAUCCAUACCGAUGUUGGAGAACGCAAUUGAACAGUUUAAGAAACUGGAGGCACAUGCAAAAGUUUUGGAUAUUUACGUGUAUCUCGCCAAGACCUUUGACGAAUUGAAGGAAAGAGAGGAACGAAAUAAGUAUGCUUGUAAGUUCAAGCAAUAUUUCAAGUCGCAUCCGGUUGCAAGGGAAUAUCUUGGCAUGAUAUUUUGAAUAAAAACAAAUAUUUUAAUAAAUUGAAAUUAAAAUUUAUUCAUACGAA